ACAAUAAUAUUAUUUAAUUUCUUAAUUAAUUAAUUAAUUAAUUAUUUUUUGGUCUCGUACUUCAUAUAUAUAAAUUAUCAUCACCACUUUCGCAUAUAGAAUAAGCGACAAGGUUCAUUGAAACUUGAAGUUGGUCACUCAUGGCGAUUGAGGCAUGGUUCAUGGACGAUAGCAAUGAAGAUCCAAGGCUUCCACACCAUUGCAAACCCCAGCAAUUUGCUUCCUUGGACCAAUUAGCAGAAUUGGGAGUCUUAUACUGGAAGCUGAAUCCAACUGACUAUGAAAACGAUCAAGAGUUGAAGAAGAUUAGGGAAGACAGGGGAUACAAUUACAUGGAUCUGCUUGAUUUAUGCCCAGAGAAAGUGGAAAAUUAUGAAGAGAAGUUGAAGAACUUCUACACUGAGCACAUCCAUCAGGAUGAAGAGAUUCGUUAUUGCUUGGAAGGAAGUGGCUACUUCGAUGUGCGAGACAAAGCUGAUCGAUGGAUUCGCAUUUGGAUCAAGGCCGGUGAUCUCAUCAUUUUACCUGCUGGAAUCUACCAUCGGUUCACUCUUGACACAAGUAAUUAUGUGAAGUUGAUGAGGUUGUUUAUCGGCGAGCCUGUAUGGACAGCAUAUAAUCGACCACAGGAAGAUAACCCUGCUAGAAAGGAAUACAUGAAGGGCUUGAUUGAGAAAAAUAGAUUUCCUCUUGCAGCUCAUUAGGGUCCUUUAAUAUACAAGUGUAUCUUGUUUUAGAUAUUAUAACAUAAGCAUAUUACCAAGUAAAAGGUCUGUCUAUGAACCUAAAACAGACCAAGCAUGAGAUGAGACUCAAAUAAGUUUAAGAACACUUAGUGUCUGUUUACUCAGUACAAAUUUUUGUCUAUGUGAAGCUGUUGUUAUGUUCUGUGUAAUCACUUGUUUAAAUCAAGUUUGUCCAUUCAGAAAAAUAAUGGCAUAUAUACAAAGAGAAGGCAAACUUGUUUUGAUAGAA